AUGCUUGUGGCUGGCAGUAUGCUGCUCACUUUGUCUCGGAAAUGCCCUGCCAGCGGUAACAUGGGGGCUUCUGCUUCCGUUGCAAUGCUUCCGGGUCAGUCCAGUGUCUCAAAGACGGUAGCAUGCCGACAUUGGGACAACCUGGAAAGAAGUGACCUCAGUACACCAGCUCCUGCUGUCGAAUCUGAAACGUGUUCGCUUGGCCAGGAGUCUGAUGACUCAGAUGCAUCUUGCGACACCUGGGACACUACUACUGGAUUCGCUCAUCCGCUUCCUGUAUCGCCUAAAUCUGUAGACCGCACUUCUACCGUAUUCAUAUUUGAUUUGGAUGAUACACUGAUCCCAACGGAGUGGAUCCGUUCAUCUUACGCAGCGCAGAAGGAAGAUGGACGGACGGCUGGAGAAGUCUACCAGGCGAUUUUAGAAGAAAUAAACCUGCGUACGCGAAGUGAGUUGGUUCCACACAUUAUGAAAGCGCUGCGCAAGGCCAAGUCUUUCUGCAACACGGUUGCAAUCGUCACAAAUGCCAGGUCUCCGCGGUGGCUCGGAGUAUUCGAAUCCAUGUUUCCAGAGGUCGUUCAACUGCUGAACGAAGAAGAGAUACCCAUCAUCAGGUCCUGCCCCCAAGGACGAGAGCCCAAUAUAUACGAAAGCGCUGCCUAUUUUAGUUACUGGAUGAAUGCAAAAAAGAGGAAGUUUGAGGAAGUAAUUCGCCGGCAUCACGAGAGCAUGCCUGGCGCAGCGCUUAAGCGGGUCGAUUUGAUUUCAAUAGGAGACAAUGAUUUCGAGGAAUACGCAGCCACGAAUUUGGCGUUGGAAUCACCGCAAUCCGUGCGCUUUGCGAAGGUCGUCCGCUGCCGGCCAGGACUGGCUCCAGAACACUUUCUUGCACAAUUGCGAGCCAUACAGAGAGCUAUUGACUGUGUCUUCAUGGAGAAGAGCCCGCGCGAGGCGACUCUAGUGGGCAACGGCGUAACAUAUAGAAUUCACGGAACACCAAGCCUAAAAACGUUACCCUCCCAAAUGCAGUGCGGUCCUCAACAUGGGGCAUGA